AUGCGCACUGCUGUCGUCUCUGUACUCGCGCUGUGCGCGGCUGCGUCCGCGGCACCUUCCUCCAUGACCAAGCGAGCCAAAUGGGCGAUGGCGACCCGUUCAUCCUCUUCUUCGACAUCCUGCACUUUUAAUUCCGCUGCUAGUGCUAGCGCAAGUGCCUCUUCGUGCUCUACUAUUGUUUUGGAUAACAUCGCAGUUCCUGCUGGCGAGACCCUGGACCUGGAAGAUCUUCAAGAUGGCGCCAAGCUUAUCUUCAGCGGCGAGACGACCUUCGGUUACAAGGAGUGGGAUGGUCCGCUUAUUCGUGUCUCUGGAUCCAACAUUGCCGUUUCUGGAACGUCCAACCACACCAUCAACGGUGGUGGAGAGAGAUGGUGGGACAGCGAAGGUUCUAACGGUGGCAAGACCAAGCCCAAGUUUUUCUACGCCCAUGGCCUGGAUGAUUCAACUAUCACCGGCUUGAAUGUCAAGAACACCCCCAUCCAAGCUUUCAGCGUCCAGUCCGACAACAUCGUUCUCAGCAACAUCAACAUUGACAACUCUGACGGCGAUGACAAUGGCGGCCACAACACCGAUGCUUUUGAUGUCAGCGAGAGCAACGGCGUCACCAUCCGUAGUGCAACUGUUAAGAACCAGGAUGACUGCUUGGCCGUCAACUCUGGCUCCAACAUUGUCUUUACUGGCGGUACCUGCUCUGGUGGUCACGGUCUUUCCAUCGGAUCCGUCGGUGGCCGUGACAACAACUCCGUGAAGAACGUUACUAUCUCCCACUCGACCGUUUCCAACUCGCAGAAUGGUAUUCGCAUCAAGGCCAAGUCUGGCGAGACCGGCUCCGUCUCGGGCGUUACUUUCAGCAACAUCCAACUCUCUGGCAUUACCGACUACGGUGUUGUCAUUCAACAGGACUACGAUGAUGAGGGAAACCCGACCACUGGCAUCCCUAUCACUGACCUGACUGUGCAACGCGUGGCUGGUACUGUUGAGAGUGACGCUACCCCCAUCUACAUCAUGUGUGGUGACGGCAGCUGCUCGGACUGGACUUGGUCGGGUGUCAGCGUCAGCGGUGGUGAGAGCAGCGAUGACUGUGAGAAUGUGCCUUCUGGUGCUUCUUGCUAG